GUGUCCUCGCGAGAUGCUUGGUUCUCAUGCUCGCUGCCGGGGUCGGAGGUCAGAGUGAGCGUCUCGCGGGCCGGAGAAGGAAGAUGGCGGUGGAGUCGCGCGUUACCCAGGAGGAAAUUAAGAAGGAGCCGGAAAAGCCUAUCGAUCGGGAGAAGACCUGCCCGCUGCUCCUGCGCGUCUUCACCACCAACAACGGCCGCCACCACCGCAUGGACGAAUUCUCCCGCGGAAACGUGCCGUCCAGCGAGCUGCAGAUCUACACUUGGAUGGAUGCAACCUUGAAAGAAUUGACUAGUUUAGUAAAAGAAGUCUACCCAGAAGCCAGAAAAAAAGGCACACACUUCAAUUUUGCAAUUGUUUUUACGGAUCUUAAAAGGCCUGGCUAUCGAGUAAAGGAGAUUGGCAGCACCAUGUCUGGGAGAAAGGGGACUGAUGACUCCAUGACCCUGCAGUCACAGAAGUUCCAAAUAGGAGACUAUCUGGACAUAGCGAUCACCCCUCCAAAUCGGGCACCACCUCCUUCAGGGCGCAUGAGACCGUAUUAAAUUGUACUUGCUUUUUCUUGAAUUUAUUUUCCAGUCAGUUAUGUAAAAUAAACUUUCACUUCUUCCUCCUCUCCUUAUUGCCAUUAAGCCUUUAAACUCUAUAAACAAAUUGUAAUGCAUCUAUUUAGGAAUUAGAUUUGGCUUUGCUAUGGUAUGAAUAUUAAUAGAAAGUCCAUAUGUUUCAAGUUCUUCUGUAAAAUAUGAAAAGUGCUCUUAGCAUUCUAUGUAAAACUGUAUUGUUAAAUAUAUGUUGCAAUCAUCCUGAGUGUGAAAGUUAAUGGGGCCUGGGUUUGGGGUUUAAUAUAGUAUUGGUUGUUUAUGCUAAAUAAUGGAGUUGCUGUGUUUUGGCCCAAAUGGGGCAGAACAAGAAAGCCAUAUUAUAUUAAAUGGAACAGGGGUUUGUCACCUAGAAGCUUGUAUGGACUUGGGAAGAGGACCUGUGGGAAUGAGGGGGUGCAGCUGGAGUCUUUUGGAACAGUCUGAGCUGAGGCAAGUUGAAGAAGCUGUUUGUGUUUGAAGAGAGUGGCCUGCCUGAAUCAGGGUGUGAUGACAAGUUAGAGAAAAGGUGCUACAGUGAGGACUUUUAUGCUUUAAAAUGGGGAAAAUACAGCAUUCGGAGGGCAGGAAGUAGUAUAGAGGAACAAGGGUUAGAACUUAGGAUAAGGAUAGAUUUACCUUGAAGAUCUGAAAAUGCAGGGAGAACGAAAGAGGAAACUUAAGAGCAUGGGAGAAGGUCCGGGAUGAGGUCAAGCUGAGUAAGCAGAGGAUGUUCACACACCCUCUUCAGUGCUGGGGCUGACUCAUGUCUGAUUUGAGGCAGUAGACAGAGUAGUUAAAACCAGGUGGGCUGAACAUUUAAAUCCUGAUUAUACUAGGAGCACCUUGGACAAGUUAGCUGAAUUUGUUUUUGUUUAAAAUUUGUAAAAUAGAAGUGACAGCCCACAGGACUGUGAAGACUAAUAACAAAGUUAGCCAUAAAGUAGGACUUUAUAAAACAUAAACAGAACGGGUGUUGUCUCUUCCACAGAACAGUUACAGUCUCGGUGUGCAGCAUGUGAUUAAGGCCUAUUACCUUCAUUCUGUUGCAUAGAAAACUUUGAAACUGUAUAUCCCCAAAUGAAAAAAUAUAUAUUACUAGCGAAGUAAGAUUGUAGUAAUUUGAUCUUAUACAGACAAAAGCAGCCUUGGAAACCUAACACUUGUAGGAUCGGGGUCAGUCAGCCAGCAGGUGACAGUCAUGGGCCUGGAGCCCAGACCUAGGGCUUCUUCUCCACUAAAGUUUGCCCCAAACCCCUCAGUCCUUUAUUCAUUCAGACCAAAUAGGCUUGAGCUGAGUCAUAAAAUUAACUUAAACCUGAUAUUUUGGAGAAGAGGAACUAUCAUUAAUUACCAUCCUGUUUCUAGAAGAUACAAUGUACUCUGCAGAUCAAGACAGGAAGUCAAUAUGGGGCUUCCCAAGCCAACUUUUCAUAACCCUGUGAACUCCUCCAGUGGGGCUUUCCUGUAAUUAUUCCAGGUUACUCUCCCACUGGCUGAAAAUAAAGUGGUUUAUUCGCUUUGUU